UUUCCGAGUUUUGAACGCUGCAUCUUUCUAGAGCUCCGACUUUCCGACCUGAAGCUCACCGUCGUCGUGCUUUGACCUCGUUUUUUUCGCUGAGUUCCCAGUUGUCGUGAAAGCACCACAAGAGGCGGAUGUUGAGUAGAUUCAUGAUAAACAGACUAGCUAACGGUUGCCAUCAUUUGACUUCCCUACGAACAGGCUUGUGAUAUAGCUAUCGUCAUCACCCAAUUCCAAUUGUGUGGAAGAGACAACACAUCAGGCUGUUGGACCUGACAGAAGAGCAGGCUCUAUAGGUGGAAACUCCCCACUGUCAUCAGCAGAGUGGCUGAGUGAGUCCAAGGCCAGUGGUGAGUGGAGCUUCUACCCCAGGCCCCCCCCAUCCAAAGGUCCAGCCAGCAUGUCCAGCGACCCCCCUCCUCCCUACCCCGGAGGUCCCAGCGCCCCUCGUAUCGAGGAGAAGAAUGGACAGCCAGCCAUUCCGGGCUCGGUGGUCCCUGUAACGACGGGUCCUCCUCAGGGGCCCUCCCUGCCUCCAGACUAUGGCCCUCCACCCUACGAGGCCACGCUACAGCCAGGCUUCUUGCCGCCACACGUCCCAGGAGAUGGGGCCAUGCCCAUACCACAUGGUGGCUUCUACCCUCCGCCAGGGCACUUUGGCCCGGGGCAGUUUGGCCCGGGGCACUAUGGCCCGGGGCCCAUUCAAUUUGGGCCUGUGACAGGUCAGACGGCUCACACGGUGCUGGCACCCCCUGGGACAGCUACCACAGUGACCGUGCUACAGGGGGAGAUAUUCCAGACAGCACCCGUACAGACUGUGUGUCACCACUGCCAGCAGCCCAUCAUCACCCGCAUCAACCACAGCGUGGGCCUCAUGAACGCUGUCUUCUGCCUCUUCUGCUUCUUUGUUGGGUGUGAUCUGGGCUGCUGCUUGAUUCCCUGUCUGAUUGAUGAUCUCAAGGAUGUGAUACACACCUGCCCUUACUGCAAGGGCUACAUCUACACAUACAAGCGUAUCUGCUAACCACCAACAGACAGACACGUGUGUAUAUAUAUACACACACAGUGGGGCAAAAAAGUAUUUAGUCAGCCACCAAUUGUGCAAGUUCUCCC